GGAUGAAAAAUUCCCUUUACUACAGGGAUUCAGAGGCAGACAAAAAGGAAGGCAAACCAAAACGUCCAAAGUUAUGCCAGCAGAGAAGGCAUAAUGAGAGAAUUAAAGGAGCAUGGGGUGAACGAUGUGUCGACUUAUUUGAUAUCAUGGAGAUUAUUGGUGAAGGAACAUAUGGUCAGGUCUAUAAAGCUAAAGACAGUCUUACAGGUGAGCUGGUGGCACUGAAGAAGGUGCGACUGGAGAACGAGAAGGAAGGAUUUCCUAUAACGGCUGUGAGAGAGAUCAAAAUCCUCAGACAACUGAACCACAGUAGUAUAGUUAACUUGAAGGAGAUUGUCACAGACAAACAAGAUGCUGUUGACUUUAGAAAAGACAGAGGGGCAUUUUACUUGGUGUUUGAAUAUAUGGAUCACGAUUUGAUGGGAAUCCUUGAGUCUGGUCUUGUCAACUUCUCUGAGAUACACAUAGCGUCUUUCAUGAAACAGCUUCUUCAAGGCCUUGAAUAUUGCCAUACGAAAAACUUCCUCCAUAGAGAUAUCAAGUGUUCAAAUAUACUUCUAAAUAACAAGGGUCAGAUAAAGCUUGGAGAUUGGGGUUUGGCACGUUUGUAUGAUGCAGAAGACAAGGAACGGUUGUACACAAACAAGGUGAUUACACUUUGGUACAGACCGCCAGAACUUCUCCUUGGUGAAGAACGAUAUGGUCCAUCUAUAGAUAUAUGGAGUAUAGGGUGUAUAUUGGGAGAGCUUUUCACGAGGAAACCUAUAUUCCAAGCACAGCAAGAACUUGCCCAGCUAGAGUUGAUCAGCAAGACCUGUGGCUCUCCAUGCCCGGCUGUGUGGCCAGAUGUCAUCAAACUGCCGCUGUUCCAUACUUUUAAACCUAAGAAACAGUACAGACGUAAACUCAGGGAAGAAUUCUCAUUCCUACCAAAGCAGGCAUUAGACUUGAUGGAUAACAUGUUGGAGUUAGAUCCUUCAAAACGGUGUAGUGCAGAACAAGCCCUCAUCUCACCUUGGCUGAAAUAUGUCGACCAGCGGAUAGUGUCUCCACCAGAUCUGCCAAAGGACCAGGACUGUCAUGAGAUGUGGUGUAAGAAUCGGAAGAAAAUCUUGAAGGAGAUGAAGAAUAGAGGCGAAGAUCCCACUGGGAAAUUGCCGGAACAGGUAAAACCCCCAAGUAGAGAGGGAAGUCGAGACAGGGGAUCUUCUGUUCCACAGAAAACUUUACCUCUGAAGGAAGUAAUAGAUAAAAAUAAACGAAACAGCAGUGCAUCAAGCAAUCAUAGGGACAAAAACUCUGCACCAGAAUUAAAAGAUAAAAGUAUGAAAUUGGACAAUGGCAGUGGUUCCUUACCAUCUCAUGGUUCUUCAGCAUCUAUUGCUGGUAUGGCCAGCCAGAAACCAAGUAUUCCAGCUCAUAUAGCUAAAUCUAUGUCUACAGGUGCAUUGUCUGGUCAACAUGACACACCUCCAAUGAAGACUUUAAAUGUUCCGAAACCACGUUCACCGACGCCCCCGGAAGAUCCUACUUUGCCAACAAGAUACCUCGAUAUUACGCAGUUUAAGGCACCAGAAGAUAUGGAAGGGGAUGAUGAUCAUCAAAACCCACCGGUCUCGAACCCAAAUCCAGACAUGAAUCAGUUAACUCAAAUGUUGCAACAAGGCAUGAGUAUAGCUGAAGUAGCAAAAAGUAUGAAUAUUAAACUUGAUGAGCAAACCCAUGAACUACUGACAACAUUAAAACAACAGCUUGAUUUAGCUACAGCAUUAGCAAAACAAUCGGCAGUAAAUCAGGGUUCUGCUCCACCUGACCAGGGAGAGGUUGGGAAAACAUAUGAUUAUAGCAACGCAAAAUAUGCUAAAACUGAAAAUAGUUCUAGUUUAAAUAAUUUGAAUCCCAAUACAAGUGAUAAUAGUGGGGUACAAAUAGCCCUCAAUCAAAUGUUGACAAAGCCACAGGGGCCAGUUGUGGACUAUCGGGCGCAAGAUCCUACCUAUUCUCAGGCCAGGGAUCCCAGUGGUGGAUAUUACAGUGAUUCUAGGGACCCUUACUCUCAAUUUGAUAAUCGGCCAUUAGAUACCUCGGGAGGCGAUUUGUCUGACACUUCCCUUGCUGAAAAGGGUAUAGGCAGUGAGGGUUAUAGCUCGUAUGGAACGGAUUCACAAACUAGAGGAGAUAUACCCGCUUCUGUGACAUAUGGUGAAUAUAAUCGUGAUUCUAACAUAUCAAGUGGUCUUAAUUCAGACAUACAUUCUACAGGAUAUAACAGAUACAGUAGUACUGAAACUAGGUCCGGAAGUGUUCAAAAACAGUAUUCAUAUGGUUCUGAUUAUGGUGAAAAUGAAGUUCAAGGUGCUCAAAUAACUUCUCACAGAAACUCAAAUUCUUCUAAUUACUCUGGAGGGGCCUCAGGUCCAGCAAGUUUAAUUGGGUCUCCUCCCUUCAGGAAUGUUGGAGACAGUAAAGUUGGAACUGGCCCACUAUCCAAUCCAGGAUUUGGACGUCAAUUGUCAGAUGAAGGGAAAUUCAAUAGGGGCCAUGGACCUUAUGGAAACAAACCUCAAGGUUAUAAAGGGGGUCAACAAUUUGCUAGAGGUGGUCCUAGACCCCUUAUGUCCUUUGAUUCUGGAAGGGGCCGAGGGAGUCACAGCAGGGGAGGGUACAGAGAAAAGUGGUAAUACAUGCGUAUUGAGAAUUUUAUCAUUUUGAACCAUUGAUAAGGAAAUAGAAUGUGAUCUUAAGUGUCUUAAAAGUGUUUGAAGAGCUGAUCAGGUUGUCUUCAGUUGAAAUUGUAAACUGGAACAUGAAGGUUGAAGCUGCUGUAUGGGGAGUUCAGGAGGUUCUAGAUAGUUAGAAGAUUGAGAAUAUGGAUUACACGGCAGUGUGCAGGCAUUGUAAACAGUAAUCUAUAGAAGUUACAAUGGACACCUAGUAUUUCAAUGACAAAUACAAGGAUGAAUUAUUGUAAAGAACUUGAUGAUUUUUUUGGGUAGAUGUAUAAUUGAUGGUGCAGUAUGAAAUAUUUAUGAGCAGGUUGUUGAUUAAGAAUGUUCUGUGGCACCUAUGGCAUAAUUUGCUUGCAAAAGUUUUAUAGAUGUAUAUAUGUAAGACGUUUAUUGAUGUGUAUAAAUGUAAGGGGACAUUGUUUAUAUAACAUGUGCUGUCUUCCCAGACAGGUUUUUGUAAGCGAAUGUUUUGUGUGAAAGUAAUACUGUACAGAAGGGAAGAGUUGAUAGUUUUUUAUAAUGGCAUAACUUGUUUAAGGCUGUGAAAUACAUCAAUAUGCUAACAGAGAAUACCCUCGUCUUCCAACACAUUCUACUUAGCAGUUUACUCUCUAUAAAAAAUAAAAAGCAGGAAAAUGCAUUUUAGACAUUAGUUCUGCUAUAAAAAAAUAACACUUCUUAUUAUAACCUAUUUGUAUAGCCAAUUAUGCAAUGACUAUUUCUUUUAUAAAUACAAUGUAGAAUCAAAGUCCAUGACUGUCAAACUGUAGAUUGGUUUAUUUUCACUUAGGCUAAAUCAAGCAAUUUCAUGGUUCAGAUUGUGAAGAACUCACGUAACGAGAGCGUUUGUGUUUUAAGACAUGUGGAUUUUAAUAUUAGCCAAUAUUUUGAGCAAAAAUGAACCGUUGCAAAUAUUAACCAAUCCACAGCACUGUAUAUUAUUUAAUUCGUAUACUAUGCAUCAAAUGCUGUAAACUAGACGCAAAAGAUUUGGUCAACAGUUAAGUAGGUUACCCUUAUUUACAUAUACCGGUACAUUCUUGUGUAUAAAUGUCACUCCAACAGUUUGUGUAUCAUUUUAUUGUUAUAAAAAAAUGUCCGUAUUACUUGAUCGUAAAACAGUGUAAAAACCUGUAAAUGUGAGAAGUUUUGUGUUUAAAAUUUUAAAAGGUGGAAAGAUCUUGACCAACUUCAAAAAAUGCCCAUAUUCAAAUUAAAACUACUGUACAUAACUGUAGUAUAUUUCUGGAGCACUGUGAAAUAAUUUAUAUUUGUGGGGGACUAGAGUUCAUGGAUUUUGUUGUUGCAUCAGUCUGUGAAAUUAAAUGAGCCGCACCAUGAGAAAACCAACAUAGAGCGUUUGCAACCAGCAUGGAUCCAGACCAGCCUGCACAUCCAUUCAGUCUGGUCAGGAUGCUGUUCGCUUUCAAAUACUAUUGCAAUUAGUGAAACCAUUAGCGAACAGCAUGGAUCCAUGCUGGUCGCAAACACACUAUGUUGGUUUUCUCAUGGCGCAGCUCAAAUCAUGUACAAAUUUAAUUCCAAUCCUCUUUUUCUUCAAAAAUUGAAAUCCACAAAUUGAUAACACCAUGAAAUAACAGUUUUGAUCAUGAAAUUUCAUGCCCACGAAAUUAUUUACCAGUAACAGUUUACCAGUCUUUACUAAGUUUGGGUACCAUACUCUGUUAAGACCUGGCUAGAGCUAUAUCACUUGUUAAUAAAUCUUUGUAUUCCAUGUUUGAUAAGAAACUUAUAUACUUCAAAAUGUCUUAAGUUAUUGCUGUGUUUGAGCAAACACUUGCGACAGUUAAAUAUUAAAGAUGUAACACAAACUAGGGGAAUUUUAAUCCUUAUUCUAUAAAACAAGGGUUCCUAUAAGACAUUCCAUAUUUUGACAGAUUCCCCGAAUGUCGACAUGAACAGUGUUAAACAUGGUUUAACAAUUUUGUAAUCUUUUGUAUUUGUAUUACAGCCAGUGUGUGUAUGUGUGAAAUAUACUGAAAGGAAAAGAAAUCCAGGAUAUGAUAUUUUGCUGUAUAUUUCAUAUGACAGGCUUCAGAUUUUGUAGACGUAACACUAGAAUUUUGCUCAAGUUCUUGGCAAUGCCUUUGAAAUUAUAUGUUUAUUAACUUAUAGAACAGUUACUUACAGAUAUUCUUGCAGAAUAGUACCAAAUAUAAUAGUUUUUAAGCUUAGAACUUGUUCUUUGUUACAUGUAAAAUGAACAAUAAAAUGCACACUAUGUGUUUGAUAAAGAUCCAGUAUGCUUCAAAAGGACGACUCGAGUCAUUUUGAAGAAUGUGCUAAAAUACAAAAUUUGGUUUUUAUCUCCAUGAUGAUUUACGGUAAUGAUACAUUGAAUAUGAAAUAUUCAGCAAAAUACUUUACCUUUUGUUUCCUUUUCCUUUUAAAAUUCUUAUGAGAAUUUUGGAGUAAAAGAAUGCUUGUAUUACAUACUUGAAAAGUAUGAUAGUACAGUGAGUAUAACUGAACAUAAUACUUUUAUGUAAAUUACGCUUGUGAAUUGUGAAUAAUUUUGACAAGAUUUAGAUGUGUGAGUGAGAAAUUGUUAAUCAUGUGACUUGUUACUGUUUCUUUUAUCAUGUGAUGAAAAAAAAUGUGUAAGUAUUUGAAGUCAUGCAGAAGCAGAUAAUUUGAUGAAUGAAACAUCCAUUCUUUUUAUUUUAAUCCUUUCUUUUUUUUUGCUUAGUUUUUGUAAAAUUUUGAAUUUUUAAGAAAAUUGUUGCCCAGCAUUUCUUGGAAAAUUAAUUUUUGACUCAAACCAGUGUUCAUUACAAUGAAAGGUGGAAAGGUUAAAUUCUCCCUCUAAGAGAUGAAAUCUGCCUUCAUUUGAAUGAUUACCUGAAUGUAUUUUCAAUGUUAGUUUGCAUUCCAUUGAUUGCAAGUUUGUUUUAAUAAACCAGACUUUAAGGUUAUAAAACAAGAGUUUGUUUACCAGUGUUAGAAUGCUUUUCUUUAAUUGGUCAGUUUGAAAAUUGUUCUCUUAAAUAACCAAAUUCUAGCGAUUUACUAUGUUUGCUCAACUGCCGGCCGUUACGUAAUUGAAAUUCUGUUAAAAAACAGCACUAACCCCAAAACAAAGAAAGAAAUUUAUGUUUCAAGACUGGGUUUUAUAACCUUGAUAAGAGGUGUUCUAUAUGUUGGAAUAUUGUUUUAGAAUAAUAAAUUAAUGUUAUGUUCUCAUAGUCACAGUAUAAUGUUACUGAAAAUUACCUUGUUUAAAGCACUGAAUCAUGCAAGCAAUCAAACAGUCUUCAGCUUGAAAUUUUCCACACAAUUAUUUUAGUUGUUUUACUUUUCUAAAGUUAUAUCAUAGAAGUGGAUGUAUUCUAGAAUAAAUUGUCUUGCUUUAACUUACA